AUGCGGAGUGUGAUUCAACAACGGGGCUUUUGUAAAAGCCAAAUCACACGGGCGCAUAAUAAUGCCCUAAAAUUUGUGGAUGACAUUCAAUCAGUGGACACAAUUGUGGUGCGCCUGUCGCAAAUCCAAGACAAUUAUUUGCGGUUUGUGCGACAUUCGGAAGAGCUGUACGCCUUCCAAUCGGAGUCGGAUUGGGAGAAUCCGGACGACGAUUUUGAUGCCUAUGAGGAGAAACAUUAUGCUACACACGCCAUUCUCAGCAACACUCUGGAGGAGUUACGGCGUGAUCAGACGUCUAACAAUAUUUUGGCCACUGUGCAACCAGCAGAUGCGCCCCAGAGGAGCCAUGUGGAUUUCCAUUUCAUGACCCUUCCCAGUGCUACGUCUACUAAUCUCAGCACAGUGCGGAAACUGGCCGAUGGCGCAGACGAAGUUAUUCGUGGUUUGCGAGCCCUUGACUGCGAAGAGAGGGAUCCUUGGCUAAUCUUCAUCCUAUUGUCAAAAUUAGAUACCGAUACUUGCCAAGCUUGGGCGCAGUGCGCAGACUCCGAGGGAAAAGGUGUGACCAUCAACCAAUUCCUUAAAUUUCUCACCUCUCGCUGCGAUACUUUGGAGGCUUUUCACUUAAUUCGACCAACCCAAGCUCGACGCGCAGCCACAACGCACCACGCAGAUACGCAUCCUAGACGAGAAGAACCCAAAUGCACAUCGUGCCAGCAAACUCAUCAACUGUUCAAGUGUCCUCAGUUCAACGGACUCGACAUCGCAGCUCGCCGGGAGUUUCUCAAGACGAAAAAGCUAUGUUUCAAUUGCCUCAGCCCAAGUCACAUGGCGGUGGACACAAUUGUGGUGCGCCUGUCGCAAAUCCAAGACAAUUAUUUGCGGUUUGUGCGACAUUCGGAAGAGCUGUACGCCUUCCAAUCGGAGUCGGAUUGGGAGAAUCCGGACGACGAUUUUGAUGCCUAUGAGGAGAAACAUUAUGCUACACACGCCAUUCUCAGCAACACUCUGGAGGAGUUACGGCGUGAUCAGACGUCUAACAAUAUUUUGGCCACUGUGCAACCAGCAGAUGCGCCCCAGAGGAGCCAUGUGGAUUUCCAGUUCGAGCGAAUCAAACUCCCAACCUUUGCCGGGAAUUAUGAGGACUGGAAACAUUUUUCGGAUAUGUUUACGGACUCGAUUGCUUCCAAUUCGAGCCUGACGGAUUGUCAACGAUUUCAUUAUCUCAAAUCGUAUCUAUCCGGAGACGCCCUCAAUUUAGUCAAACAUAUUCCUGUGACUAAUGAGAACUAUCGGGAGGCAUGGGAUCGGCUUGAGCAGCGAUAUAACAAACAAUCGCUAAUUAUCCGAUCAUUCCUCAACAGUUUCAUGACCCUUCCCAGUGCUACGUCUACUAAUCUCAGCACAGUGCGGAAACUGGCCGAUGGCGCAGACGAAGUUAUUCGUGGUUUGCGAGCCCUUGACUGCGAAGAGAGGGAUCCUUGGCUAAUCUUCAUCCUAUUGUCAAAAUUAGAUACCGAUACUUGCCAAGCUUGGGCGCAGUGCGCAGACUCCGAGGGAAAAGGUGUGACCAUCAACCAAUUCCUUAAAUUUCUCACCUCUCGCUGCGAUACUUUGGAGGCUUUUCACUUAAUUCGACCAACCCAAGCUCGACGCGCAGCCACAACGCACCACGCAGAUACGCAUCCUAGACGAGAAGAACCCAAAUGCACAUCGUGCCAGCAAACUCAUCAACUGUUCAAGUGUCCUCAGUUCAACGGACUCGACAUCGCAGCUCGCCGGGAGUUUCUCAAGACGAAAAAGCUAUGUUUCAAUUGCCUCAGCCCAAGUCACAUGGCGGGUAACUGUACAUCGAGACACACUUGUCGGAUUUGUCGCCGCAAGCAUCACACCCUGGUUCACCCUGGCUCGGCGCAGCCAACUCAAAACGGUAACUACUUGGAGAGAGCCCGUAUGGACAGCCGCGAUCGUCCAUCAACCUCACAAGCGGCGUCUACAAUCGGCCAGAAUCAACCGCCUGGUCAAGAGAUUCAUCAAUCAGGGAGUUUACCUCCCGCGGAAAAUAACUUCACGCAUCAUACGCUGGAGAACAUUUCAGCUGCAGGUUCGCAGACUCUGUUGCCAACCAUCCUUGCAGACGUCUUCGACGCCUGGGGAAAUACUACAACCUGCAGGCUGCUCUUGGACACUGGGUCCACAAUCACCUUGGCGUCGGAAUCAUUUGUUCAGCGAAUAGGCGUACGUCGAACGCACGCCCGGAUUUCUGUACUCGGUCUCGCAGCCAACAGCGCUGGCGUUACCCGAGGACGCGCACAUAUCAAGCUGCGCUCUCGUCAUUCGGACCAAACUGUCGAACUGGUCUCGUUUAUUCUCAAUUCGCUGACAUCAUCACUCCCGGCCCAGGCUAUUGACACCUCAUCUUCUACGUGGAAGCAAAUCUGCGAGCUUCCUUUGGCAGAUCCCACAUUCUGCACGCCAGGAUCCAUCGAUGUCAUCGUUGGAUCAGAUCAACUCUGGUCUCUUUAUACUGGAGAACAGAAAUGCUUUGGUAACGACGCUCCUAUCGCUCUGAAUACUGUUUUUGGUUGGAUUAUUGCAGGCUCUUACAAUGCAUGCGAUGAUCACCUGACUUCAGCGGUUACUCAUCACGCGGACCUCGACACGAUGGUUCGCUCUUUCAUGGAGAUGGAUAAUAUACAUCCUAGCCAGGCUCUUUUGGACGCCAACGAUCCAACAGAGCGUCAUUUUGCUGCCACCCACACGCGCUUGGAGAACGGGGCUUACGUCGUCGAGUACCCCUUCAAGGAGCAUGCGCCGCCUGUUGAUUCAACUUUACCGCAGGCCAUCAAUCGCUUCCACUCGCUGGAACGCAAGUUUCGUCGAUCUCCAGACUUGAAGCAGCAGUAUGAAGCAUUUCUGGACGACUACUUGCGACGUGGUCAUAUGGAACAGCUGACAUCGGCUCAAAUGGAUGAGUCCCCAGAAACCUGCUUCUAUCUGCCGCACCACGCUGUCAUCAAACUGGACAGUCUGACUACGAAAUGUCGCGUAGUUUUCGAUGGAUCGGGAAAGGACAGCUCUGGAGUGUCUCUCAAUGAUCGACUUCAAAUUGGCCCACCCAUUCAACGCGAUCUUCUCGGCGUUUGUUUACGUUUCCGGCAGCACCCAUAUGUUUUCUGCGCGGAUAUCGAGAAGAUGUUCCGAGGAAUUCAAGUCUUCAAGCCGCACACCAAUUAUCAGCGCAUUGUUUGGCGCAAGAACGAGAAUGAACCACUGCUUCAUUUUCGCCUGUUGACGGUCACCUACGGAUUGGCGCCGUCACCAUUUCUGGCUGUUCGAGUUCUUAAGCAACUAGCUGAGGAUCACCGCCACGAGUUCCCCGCAGCAGCCCACGCGCUUCUACACGACGCUUAUGUAGAUGAUAUCCCAACAGGGUGCAACUCAUUCGACGAGCUCAUGAUUCUCAAAAACGAGCUGAUUCAACUGUUGGAUAAGGCGCAAUUCAAACUACGGAAAUGGAGUUCCAACAGUUGGCGUCUUCUAAAAUCAUUGCCAGAAGAGGACCGAUGUUAUGAGCCUAUCCAGCUCCUCAACAAAUCAGCUGCGGAUUCACCAAUCAAAAUUCUUGGCAUCCAAUGGAAUCCCGGAAAGGACGUCAUGUACCUCAAUAUCAAGGAGUGCGAUCCGACCAUUUCUCCGACGAAAAGGGAACUCUUGUCGCAGCUAUCAAGAAUCUAUGACCCGCUUGGAUUGGUAGCGCCAGUCACAGUUCUACUCAAGCUUAUCUUCCAAGAAAGCUGGACAAGUGUUCUGCAAUGGGAUGACCCGAUUCCUGAAACUCUACGCUCGCGCUGGAAGGCCUUGGUGGAGGAUUUGCCAACACUUACGCAAUGUCAAGUACCACGAUACAUUGCGUCACCAUUCCAAGACGUUCAACUACACGGAUUCGCCGACGCAUCCGCGCAAGCCUACGGUGCGGUUGUAUACGCUCGAGUAGCAUAUGGAGGCAGUUUUCAAAUAACCCUAGUUGCUGCCAAAACCCGUGUAGCCCCGAUCAAGCCUGUUUCGAUCCCACGUUUGGAACUGAAUGCUGCUCUACUUCUUUCUCGAUUGCUCUCGAUUGUCAAAGCCUCACUAACGAUUCCUAUUUUCAGCACGAGCUGCUGGACAGAUUCAGAAAUUGUGCUACACUGGCUUUCAGCUCCCCCACGAAACUGGAACACAUACGUCUGCAACCGAACGGCUGAGAUCUUGAACGACUUUCCUCGCAGCUGCUGGAAUCAUGUUCGCACAGAGGACAACCCUGCCGACUGUGCUUCUCGAGGACUUCAUCCGUCCAAGCUUCUGGAGCAUCGACUGUGGUGGAAGGGUCCAUCAUGGCUGGCCACACCGCCCUCUGAUUGGCCACCGUCUACAAGCAAGUUCAGCGUAUCUUCAAAUCUCGAUGUCAACACCGAAGAGAGAGCUGUCAAGCCCACAACUCUACAUAACUUUCCUGAUGAAAGUAUCUACGAGUUACUCAUCCACAAAUUCUCAACCUGGACGCGUCUGCUAAGGGUAUCUAGCUACUGUUAUCGCUUUAUUCACUCUCUUCGAUCUCGUCAUAGGAAUCCGGCACCAUUCCUUACAUCCGAAGAGUUGCAGGCCGCACGAUGCCGACUCAUCCGACACGUGCAACAAAAUUUCUUUGCCAGAGAAUAUGCGCAGCUAGAGAAUCGACGCCCGCUUAAUGCUAAAUCGCAUUUAAUUCGGUUCUCCCCAUUUCUGGACGAUCAUGGAAUUAUGCGAGUCGGUGGAAGAAUCGACAAAUCGACAAUCAACUUCAACGCCAAGCAUCCAAUCCUAAUACCAAAGGAUUCACCACUAGCUGGGCUCCUGGUUCGACAUUUUCACGUUUCACAUCUACACACUGGAGUUGAUGCUACGUUCACCAAUCUUCGUCAGCAGUACUGGAUUCUGGGUGCACGCAAUCUGGUCAGAAAGGCAGUUUUCCAAUGCAAACGCUGCUUUCUUCAACGCAAAGGCACCAGUAACCAGAUCAUGGGAGAGCUGCCAAUCCCUCGAGUUCAGGCUAGUCGCUGUUUCCAACAUACAGGGCUGGAUUACGCUGGACCGAUCGCCAUCAAGGAAUCAACAGGACGAACUCCUCGGAUCGGAAAGGCAUGGUUUUCUAUUUUUGUCUGCCUAACUACAAAGGCAAUCCAUAUCGAGGUCGUCAGUGAUCUGACUGCAAAGGCCUUCAUCGCCGCCUUUCAACGAUUUAUUGCCCGACGAACAAAGCCCACCGAUCUGUACUCGGACAACGGAACCACAUUUCAUGGCGGAAGGCAAACUUUGGACGACAUGCGACGCCUAGUCAUCGAACAAUCAAAAGAUGAGGAACUGGCUGGAUUCUUCGCCAACGAAGGCAUUUCUUGGCACUUCAUACCCCCAUCUGCCCCUCAUUUUGGCGGAAUGUGGGAAGCCGGCGUUCGUUCCAUAAAACUUCAUAUGCGACGGAUACUUGGAUCCAAGGCUCUCACGUUUGAGGAACUAGCGACUGUUUUGACCCAAAUUGAAGCCAUCCUCAACUCUCGCCCACUGUGCCCAAAUGGGGAUAAUUCGUUGGACCCGCUGACUCCCGCUCAUUUCCUGACUGGAGCUCCUUAUACUGCCCUCUCUGAACCCUGCCGUCUGGAUAUGCAAAUCAAUCGACUGGAGAGGUGGAAUCAGCUGCAAGCUAUGGUCCAAGGUUUCUGGAAACGGUGGCAUAUGGAAUACCUGACAUCGCUUCACGAACGCACAAAAUGGCAUCUAGAAACUGAGAAUCUGAAGAUCGACACACUGGUGGUACUCAAGGAGCCUAAUCUACCUCCCUCUAAAUGGAUUCUUGGACGCAUCAGCGAGGUGCACGCAGGAUCAGAUGACAAAGUACGGGUCGUAACAGUAAAGACGGCCCAUGGAUUCUACAAACGCCCAAUUACCAAAAUUGCUGUCUUGCCUCUGUGCUGA